GAAGAGGAAGAGAUCGCGAGAAACGACGCGGUCACAAAAGAGACUCGUAAAAAGGUGGAAAUUCAUAGGAAUUUAAGAAAAUCGUUUCCUUUCCGAGAUGCUGGGAAUGACGGUGCCAGUGCAGCUCACAAAAAUGCGUAACAGCGCCGAGGCAGUGGCGUCCAUAGCCCGGGAGAAGGGAUCGGGAACGGGAUCCCUUGCGAAGGGUCAAGGACACGGGCAACAGGUGGACAAAGAUCUGGCCACCAUAAUGGACGAACUGCAGCGGGAUUACGGGGACUACAAGUACACGGUCUACCGGUGUGCCAGUAAAUUUGUGGCGCUGCAAAAGAUAUUUCACAGCGGUAAAAUUCCCUACAAAUUGGUUUUGGCCAUUUUGGAGCGCCACAAUCUGAGCGGCGGCUUGGAGCUAAUGGUUCCCCCGUUUCAGUUGACCUCCCUGCUCCACGACGUGUACUUUGCCUGCGAAAAGCUGGGUCAUUUCAACCAGGAUUUGAACUACCAGCUGGACCGGGCCACCGGUCUGCUUGCCAACUUCCUCUGGAAUGUCUACGAUCCGCAACGCAGGCACUCCAUUUCUCUACUCGAGAUCAAGAUCACCUUCAUACUGCUCUGCAAGCUUUAUAGCAGCGAUCACCUGGUGGGCGAUUUCUUUGGCCUGCUGGCGGAUGCCAAGACGCAGAUCAUCUCCAGAUACGCCUUCGAGCAGCUCCUGGCCACGCUGAGCAAGUUGCUCAGCUAUCUGGGCGAGGGAAAGGCCUACGGGGACCAUAAUCUGCCGCUGACAAUGGAGCAGAGCUUUGCCCGCUGUCCACAUGGCGUUGGUGGACUAACCGAACAGCAGUUCCACAAACUCUGGACGGGAGCGGGUGUCCAGACACGAUUCCUGAUCUACGGCAAUCUGCUGGCGCUGGUGAAACGCAUCGAGGACACGGAGCACUUGAUACACAGCAAUUCGUGUGCCGGCUGCCGCAAGGAGCACAUUGUGGGCAUACGUUUCCGGUGCCAGGUGUGCCGCGAUGUGUCGCUGUGCCUGCCCUGCUUCGCGGUGGGUUUUGCUGGCGGUCGCCACGAGCCGGGCCACCGGAUGUGCGAGGUGUUCGUGGAGGAUCAGCCGCCGUUGCGUUGGACUCGCCACCUGGCCAAGCUCUGCGGUUGGCUGACGAUUCCCCGGAAGACGCACGAGGAGGAGCGUCGUGGCUUCUGCAAUGCCCAGGAAAGUGGAGCCGUCUUGGGCCAAUCUGCUGCCACGCCUAUUCCCGCCGAAACGCGCAGUCUGCGCAGUAGUCAGUGCCAGGAGAAGGAGAAGGAAAAAGAGAGGGAGCACACAGUGAUACUCCAGCAGCAGCAGGAGCUGUGCUCCCUGACGGGGCUGGCCAGCAAGGCAUCCAGUCGACUGCAGUCCAUCAUCGAUCGCUUGUUGCUGCAGAAUGCGAAACUGGAAAGCCAACUGCAAACGGUGGCCACCGCAUCCAGUUCGGAAAUCUCACAGUUUCUCAGCGCCCAUCAGAGUUUUCUGCUGCAGAUCAUUGAGGAUAUGCGCCAGCUAUCGCACUCAUCUGUGGCAGCUUCACCACCACCGCCGCCGCGAGAAGCUCCUCGUGUGGCACCUCCAGCAGCUCCUUUGGUCAGCUCCACCUUUCUCAGCUCCAGCACGCCGCAGAGGCAGAUCUUUGACAUGUAUGCACCCGUUGGGGCCAAUCUCACGCACUCCAUAAAUGGCGCCGAAUUGAAUAGAAGCUACUUGGAGGCCAACAAAUCGGAUUACUCCCUCAACGACAUUAGCUUGUGGUUCGAUCAGCGUCGCUCCAGUGUGCAGCCAGGACCUGGAUCCCUGCCAGCUCCCCUGGCGCUGCCAAUGCCCCUGGGCGCGCUGCUGGACCAGCAGCCGCCGGCAAAUGGCGGCGAUGGACGCGACACCGAGAUGGUCAACUUCAAGCUGCUGCUGCACAAGGUCAAGGAGAUCGUCGAGGACUCGUACAGCGACAAUGCCGAACUUUCGGCGGCCACACAAAAUCUGGAGAACGUCCUGGACAGCAUCAUCAAGAGCGAGGAGCAGCAGCGGCGGGUUAGCACGUGAGGAUUCGGAUGCCACAUCGCCCUCAUAUCGAUUCCAGCCAGACCAAGUCCACUAUAUAAUAAGUUGUAAUGUUAUGUAAAUGUUCAAAUAAUUCUGACUUCACAAAUCAUUCAUAUGGUUAUACUAUUAACAUAUCAUUAAGAGUCGAAAUAUUCAGAUUUUCCAAUGCUAUUUAAAAAUGCUUUAAUUUUCGCAUAAAUGCUUUAAGUUGUAGAUGCAAAAAUCUGACAAGAAUGCAAUACGAUUAAACGUUGUUUUAAAAUUCA